AUGGAACAACCAUCUAUCACCUUGACUGCUACUCAAUCUGUCGACUAUCUUGGUCAAACUCAUGAUUGGACUACCACUGAUGUUAUCUACACUUACAAGGAAAUCACUCGUCAACUUGCCGCCUGCCGAGAAAAGAUUCGAGAAGAGAACGAACAAAAAUUGACUGCCGCUACCGUGGCCGCCAAAGUCCAAUCAUCCAAACAACAAAGACAUGUCAAAGAGCAAGCGAACCGCAAACAACCAGGUCACCAACAAUCGUCUCAACAGCAGCGUGCCUCUGGUAACAAGGUCAUUGGAAACAUCAGCAGGCAACUUCAACAACAAAAACACGAGUCUGCCUUACGUGCUGAGGAAAAGCGGUUGAUGCGCAUGCAAAAUUCCCUCUGGAGACGUAUGGGUCCCACCGUGGGUUGUGUUGGCAAAGGCAACAAGCUUGUUUCUCCAAGAACCUUGAAAUGCGUUGUGUGGGCUGAGAAGAAUUUUGGGGGGAUGACGAAGGAGAUAUUGUGCCCUUUAUCAGGAAACCUUUCGAUAGAUUUUGUGUCACACUACGAUGG